AUGGGUUUAGUUGAAGAUUUCCCCAAGGAUCCAUUCACGCCUAGCCUACCUUAUGCGGCCUCCGCGCAGCUUCCAGUCACCAUGCCCUGGGGUGGAAACAUUAUCCGAUUGGGUACGCCCCUGACAGUUGGGAGUUGUCCCCAGGAGACGAGAUUCCUGGAAGAUCAAAGUGCCUUUGCCCCUGAAUCACUGCGCAAGAGCUCGCUGGUCUUUCAAAGCUCCUGCCAGGGUACAGUGACCAGAUCCACCACCACCUCCGCAGCAGAAAGCCAUGAGCAUACCUCGUUUUCCUUGCAGGCGCAAGUCGGCGGGUCUGCGAUCGGCGUGUCCGGGCGCGGAAACUAUGAAGCCCGGGUGGCGACCAACCAGCAUGCCCAGAACGCCAGCUUCCGUGCAGAAUACCAAGCUGGGCGUAUUGGCUUCGACGAACCCCCGCGUCUCUCAGCCGACGCCCUUGCUUUGCUCCAUAAUCGCGCCGACCCGAACGCUUUCCGAGCCAAAUAUGGGGAUUAUUAUGUUGGGGCUUAUCUGCUUGGUGGCGCUAACUCGCAGCUUCUCUCAUGCACAGCCAUGGGUGCCUCGUCUUCCAAGGAUAUGAGUGCUCAAGUCACGGGGAGAUUCUUAGGAUUCAAAAAGACUGUGAGCAUUGAGGAUCAUGAGCGAGCCGAGGCAGCGAUGGGACAGUAUGAAUUGGUCGCCUAUGAUUCCCUCGAUGCCUGGGAUUGCACUCACAAGGGGGGUGCUGGGCAGGCAGAUCUAGAGCUCACGGCUCGCGCGAACUACGAUCGAUGCAGCACCCUUGUCAAUCGCGUGGCCGCCAAGGUGGAGGCGAUGCAGCUGCAGCAUGGCGCACGCGUGCCCUGGGAUAGCUGCGAGGCUAUUUGUCGCGAUCAUUUGGUGGUCCAGAUCUUGUUGCUUCCGUAUGCCAAAGUGAAGGAGUACGCAUCGGCUGUUUUGUCCGCCGCCCAGCUUCCCCAGCUGAGCUGA